AUGCCGUUUUUACACGAACCAAAGUCGCGCGAACCUUUGUGGAAAGAAUGGAAUUUUUUAGCACAGAAGAAAGGCAUUCGCCACACUAUUUAUUCCGUUGACGGGAAUGAGUACACAGGGGAAUGGCUUGACAAUUUGAAACACGGGAAAGGUACAUUUCGCUGGAAAGACACAAAUAAAGUCUAUGAUGGAGACUGGAAGAAAGGAAAGAGGAGUGGCUUUGGAACUCUCACUCGGGCUGAUGGCAAAGGAGGCUUUACUAAAGAGUACUCAGGUGGAUGGAAAAAUGAUAUGAAACAUGGCUAUGGCACAGAGUUCUAUUCAGAAACCGAGUAUUAUGAAGGUGAAUGGUAUGCAGGCAAGAGGUCAGGCUGGGGACGUAUGUACUAUGCAGAUGGAACAAUCUACGAAGGGGAAUGGUAUGAUGACCAGCGCAGUGGUCAAGGGAUGCUUAGGCUAACCACUGAGAAUCGUUAUGAGGGAUCAUGGAAAGAAGACAAGAAGAAUGGAUCUGGAAAGUUCUAUUACUUAGACUCAGGUCAGGUUUUCGAAGGUGUGUGGAAGCAUGAUGUCCCUAAAUGUGGAACAAUGCGGGACUUCGGCCGGGAUUAUGCUCCAGAGCCAACACCAUAUCCAAUUCCUGAGAUCAAGCUCGCUAAUCCGGAUGAAGUUAUACAACAAGCUGAAGAGGGCUUUCUGCAAGAUCAAGAAUAA